AUGCAGCUGACCCGGUGCUGCUUCAUAUUUCUUAUCCAGGGGAGCAUCUAUCUGCUGGUUAUCUGUGGCCAAGAUGAGGCAACAGAAGAGGAAGAAGAAGAAAAUGGAAAAUCCUCCAAAGCUCAGCAGAGACCCCGAGUGCAAAAGAAAAAAGGCCAAGUCUCCUUAAAAUCCUCUGUAACCCCAUCUUACUUCCAGAACACAACGCUCUUAGAGUUGGCAUCCAGCAACACACAAGAAUUUUGGAAUAUCUUAGACAGCUUGUCCAAGCAGGGACAGAGCACACAAUCCCGUGGAAGAAGAGACUCCCUCAGCAACCCUGGUCAGUUCAAGAAAAUAUUCGGGUGGGGUGAUUUCUACUCCAACAUCAAGACAGUAAAACUCAACCUCUUAAUUACAGGCAAAGUGGUUGAUCAUGGGAAUGGCACAGUCAAUGUCUUCUUCCGGCAUAACUCCACUGGCCAUGGGAACAUCUCGGUCAGCUUGGUGCCACCAAACAAAGCGGUUGAGUUUGAUCUUGAGCAGCAAAUCUUCAUAGAGGCAAAAGAAUCAAAGAUCUUCAACUGCCGAGUGGAGUUUGAGAAGGUGAGCAAAGCAAAGAAGACUACCCUGUGCACUUACGACCCUUCUAAAACCUGUUUCCUGAACCACACACAGAGCCAGGUCUCCUGGAUUUGCUCCAAGCCAUUCAAAGUUAUCUGUAUCUACAUCACCUUCUACAGCAUAGACUACAGACUUGUGCAGAAAGUGUGUCCUGACUACAACUACCACAACAAUGUUCCUUAUUACCCCUCUGGAUGA